UGGACGGUGUGUGUACUGUGGCUAACUGUGUUGGUCGAGAGUUGGCUCCUCAUGUGAAAAAGCACGGUGGCAAACUGAUUCCCGAGUCCAUGAAGAAGGACAAAGACGGGCGCUCGAACAUGGACGGAGCCAUGGUGGUGGCUGCCAGUGGAGUGCAAGGAUUCGCAACUGUUUGGAAUGGUUUGGAAGCAGCUGCUAAGGACAUCACCACAAAUGUUGCAGCAGAAACAGUCACCACCAUAAAACAUAAGUACGGCACAGCAGCGGGACAAGCCACGGACAACGCUGUCAAUUCUGCCAUUAAUGUCGGUAUUACUGCCUUCAACAUUGACAACCUGGGGAUCAAAGCUGUGGUUAAAAGAACUGGGAAGCAAACGGCACAGGCUAUUUUGGAAGACUACAAGCUUCAGGAAAAGCCACCAAACGGAAAGGAAGUGGAGAAACUCACCAAAUAGCUGUUGAUAUCCUGCCUCGUUUUCUCAACAAUGCCUUAAAACUUAUUUGCUAAUCAGAAAGGUCUAUAUUUAGUACUCAUUAUUUAUAAGAACAUGCUCUAUAUUUGCUAAGUAGCUACUGUGAUGUGCAUACUCCACACAAUGGUUUCGCUUUCAUGCACUUUAAACAUACAGCGGCUGGAUCAACAUCCAGAAAGUGGAAACCAAAACUUGAAGCACAUUGAUAUGCUCUCCAUAUUUAAAUUGAGGGCGAUAUUUUACAAAUGGGGUAAAUAUUUAAAAACCUCGAGUAUUUUUGUGUUAUCAGAUUAAAUUGGUCUAUAAAAAAAAAUUGUUUAAUUUUGAUGAUCACAUAUAAUGGUUUUGUCUGUGGAGUUAACAUUUUAUCUCUUGGUGUGCUUAGAAACAAUGUUAAGUCUAACAUGCUGGAUAAAUUGUAACUUUAACAUUUCUUUGUUUUCAUUUGUCUUUAUUUAAUCAUCCUUAAAGAAGAUUCCUACAUUCCACUAAGGAGAUUAAAAUAUUGCCUAACCUGAUAGUAUGAAGUGUAACUAUAAAUUCUGAUAUUUGUAUUAACCUGCAAGCUGUAAUACUGCCUUUUGUUGUGCAAUUUUACUGAAGAAUUGUCUUAAAAAUGUUACUUUAAAUGAUAAUAAAGGUUUCUUCUGUGUGUGAGGUGAACAAAACGAGUAAUAAAUUGGAAAUUAAUUUGUGUGAUCCUAA